AUGGCGGACGACAUGUAUAACAAACUUGCACAUGACCUGCUGCAUAAAGAUGCCGGCGAGCUUCUUACCCGCCAAGAUGGGAUGACACUGGAUCUUUCUCGUGGCAUCGCCAAAUGUUUGGCACUCUGCAUGCAGAUGAUGAAGAGCAAGCUGAAAGGCUCCGAUAUAAAAACAAUGAGGCAAGAAUCGGAGAAAUUUGGGAUCCCAGACCAAGCGAGCAAAGAAGUCGAGUCGGCUGUCGACGGCUUUUGGAAGGAUGCUGAACAAGAGGUUACAUUUCGCUUGGAUAAGAUUAAUGCCAAAAUUGAGAGGACGAAAGCGGCGCCCAACCUUUACGUGGAUGACGUCUGCCUUCACAAUGGCCUAAAAUAUCAUUAUCUUGACAACGCUUGCACAGAGUAUAUGACCAAGAGAAUCGUCACAGAGGUUUUGCCACACCAAUGCACAUUUACACUUCUAUACAAUUCCAAGACUUUUGAGUAUUGA